UUGUGGGCGCGAGACGUGCACGCCUUACACUAUCAACCUUACGCAGCCCGUCGGAAACUCGGCGCCAUGUUUCAGAAAUCGAACGUCGUGGUAGGAACUGCAGUGACAUGCCUGUCCAUUCUGUUAUUGAUGAUGACCGGUGCUGCGACGUCACCGAUUGAAGUAUCGAACAGCGAUCCCCGAAUCGUGGGUGGAUUUCCGGCAAUCGCCAAUUCGACUAGCCAUCAGGUUUCAAUCAGGCGCAGGACAACCGACCAGGCAUCGUUCGGCAGCGGCCACUUCUGCGGCGGUAGCCUGAUAAACAAUAGGACCGUGCUGACAGCCGCUCACUGUCUGGUGGACAGCAACAAUCUGAAACGGGCACCAAGUUACUUCCGCGUGGUUGGAGGUAAUGUUAACCGGAUGCAAGCCGCUGGCACUGAAAUACGGGAUAUCUCUCGGGUUGUCAUUCACGAAAAAUAUAAUCCAAAAAACUUUGAGCACGACAUUGGGAUAUUGAUUCUCACCGAACCAAUCCCGAAUACGCACCCAACGUUCCGCUCGAUAAGCCUCACGACAGUAACGCCCUCUGCGGGAACUAUUUGCCAAACCAGUGGGUGGGGCACGAUCAAAUUCGGUCAAAACAUCGCCACCGAACAGCUGCUGGCUGUGAAUAUUACUGUUCAACCAUUGGACCAGUGCAACAAGCCCAACAGUUACAAUGGCUCACUCAAACCAGGAAUGUUCUGCGUAGGCCAAUUCGAAGGCGGACGGGAUGCGUGCCAGGGUGAUUCCGGUGGUCCAUUGGUGUGCAAUGGUGUGCUGGCCGGCGUUGUAUCCCACGGAGUCGAGUGUGCAAAACCUGGCUAUCCAGGAAUCUACUCCGAUGUUGCGUACUAUCGGCAGUGGAUCGAAAGGAAUGGCGCCAGCAGAGGUAGCAUUACCGCCACAUGGUUUGCGCUGGCGCUUUGUUGUAUACUGUGGAGAUACUUUACCGCGAAUGUGUUGUAAUACAUAUACUAUGUGCGAUUGGGAGUGAGUGAUAAAUUAGGGACGAAUGUGACAAUAAA